AGUGGAUGACAACAACAGAGGCAGGGCAGAGUGCACACAACCAGAUACACACAGCCAACAACACACAGUCAUCUACACACAGCCAACUACACACAGCCAACUAUACACACAACCAGAUACACACAGCCAACAACACACAGCCAACUAUACACACAGCCAGCUACACACAGCCAGCUACACACAGCCAACUACACACAGCCAACUAUACACACAGCCAGCUACACACAGCCAACUACACACAGCCAGCUACACACACAGACUAACAGCUAGAAGGACAACAGAAGCCUUAUGGAAUAUCAGCGUUGCCUGACAGAAGAAUAGAGAGUCACUGGCAACAGGACAACAUUCUGGGGAACCGCAAGAGCCUCUUUUGCCCAGUUCCAUUUCGUUGGCUGUAAUUUCCUCUCUAUCGUCUCUGUCUGCCCUCAGGAGCAUCAAUAUGCUGUCCUUCCGCAGCUGGUCAGGUUGAAUAUCACCAAACGCCUUCAGGUUGAAGCUCCUCCUGGUAGAAUCUGAGGGGCGAUGGGGAACACAGCCACUAAAUUCCGCAAGGCUCUGAUCAACGGUGACGAGGGUCUGGCCUAUCAGCUGUAUGAGGGGAGCCCCCAGUUUAAAGAGAGCCUGGACCCCAACACUUCAUAUGGCGAACCCUACCAGCAUAACACUCCCCUGCACUACGCCGCCAGGCACGCCAUGACACGACUCAUCAGGUCCUUUCUCUUCAGUAAGGACGGCAACCCCAACAAGCGCAACGUUCACAAUGAGACGUCCCUCCAUCUCCUCUGUAUGGGCCCCCAGAUCCUAAUGGGGGAGGGGCCUCUGCAGCCGCGGCUGGCCCGGCCCGAGCUGGACGAGAUAAAGAGGUCAGAGUGUAUCCAGAUCAUCCUGAAAUGGACCGGAGCCAAGCUGGACCAGGGAGAGUAUGAGAACGCCGACGUCAACGCCACUGACAACAAGAAGAACACGUCGCUGCACUACGCAGCCGCCUCAGGGUUGAAGAAGUGUGUUGAGAUUCUAGUAAAUAGGGAAGCGGACCUGUUUGCGGAGAAUGAGGAUGGUGAGACGCCGUGUGACUGUGCAGAGAAGCAGCAUCACAAGGAGCUGGCCCUCAGCCUGGAGUCUCGGAUGGUCUUCAGUCUGGCCCCAGAAGGCAUAGAGGCAGAGUACACUGCUCUGGACCACAGAGAGCUAUACGAGGGUCUGAGGCCUCAGGAGCUGCGUCGCCUGAAGGACAUGCUGAUAGUGGAGACGGCAGACAUGCUGCAGACCCCCCUCUUUACUGCUGAGGCUCUGCUUAGAGCACAUGACUGGGACAGAGAGAACCUCCUGGAGGCCUGGAUGUCUAAUGCUGAGGAAUGCUGCCAGCGGUCUCGGGUCCACAUGCCCAGUGCUCCUCCUAGUGGGUACAACGCCUGGGACACCCUGCCGUCCCAUCAUACCCCAAGGACCACACGCUCCUCCAUCACCUCCCCUGACGAGAUCAGCCUCUCCCCCGGGGACGACGAUACAACACCGUGUGGUAUCUGUAUGUGCCCCCUCACCGUCUUCGAGGAACCGGUCGACAUGUCAUGUGGUCACGAGUUCUGCCGAGCCUGCUGGGAAGGGUUUUUGAAUCUGAAGAUUCAGGAAGGGGAGGCUCACAACAUCUUCUGCCCGGCACACGACUGCUUCCAGCUGGUUCCUGUGGAGGUCAUAGAGAGUGUCGUCUCCAGAGAGAUGGACAAGCGCUACCUGCAGUUCGACAUCAAGGCGUUUGUGGAGAACAACCCAGCUAUCCGCUGGUGUCCCAAGGCGGGCUGCGAGCGGGCGGUGCGUCUCUCAUCCCGGGGUCCAGGAAGCAGCUCCUCGGACCCGUUCAGUCUACCUCUCCUCAGGGCGCCCGCUGUGGACUGUGGCAAGGGACACGUCUUCUGUUGGGAGUGCCAGGGAGAAGCCCAUGAACCAUGCGACUGCCAGACAUGGAAGAUGUGGCUGGCUGAAGUUACUGAGAUGAGACCCCAGGAAUUGGCUGGUGUGAGUGAAGCCUUUGAGGAUGCAGCCAACUGCUUGUGGUUACUGUCAAACGCCAAACCCUGCGCCAACUGCAAGUCUCCUAUUCAGAAGAACGAAGGCUGCAACCACAUGCAGUGUGCUAAGUGUAAGUAUGACUUCUGCUGGAUCUGUCUGGAGGAAUGGAAGAAGCACAGCUCGUCUACUGGAGGUUACUACCGCUGUACCCGCUAUGAGGUCAUCAACCAGGUGGAGGAGCAGAACAAAGACAUGACUGUGGAGGCUGAGAAGAAGCACAAGGGAUUCCAGGAACUGGACCGCUUCAUGCAUUACUACACCCGCUUCCAGAACCAUGAACACAGCUACCAGCUGGAGCAGCGCCUGUUGAAGACAGCCAAAGACAAGAUGGAGCAGCUGAGCAGAGCCUUGAGUGGACGAGACGGAGGCCCACCGGACACGACGUUCAUUGAAGACGCUGUACUGGAGCUGCUGAAGACGCGUGGCAUCCUCAAGUGCUCUUACCCCUACGGCUUCUUCCUGGAGAUCAAAUCCACCAAGAAAGAGAUUUUUGAACUUAUGCAGACUGACUUGGAGAUGGUGACAGAGGACCUAGCUCAGAAAGUCAACCGUCCUUACCUCCGAACUCCCCGGCAUAAGAUCAUCCGAGCGGCCUGUUUGGUGCAGCAGAAGAGACAGGAGUUCCUGGCCUCCGUCGCCCGGGGGGUGGCCCCCAGCGACUCCCCAGAGGCCCCUAGACGCAGUUUUGGAGGUGGAACGUGGGACUGGGAGUAUUUGGGCUUUGCAUCUCCUGAGGAGUAUGCAGAGUUUCAGUACCGGAGGAGACACAGGGAUCGACAGCAGAGGAGACAGAGAGGGGACGUUCCCCAUCUUGACGAGCCUAGCGACAGCACAUUAGACACACAGGAAAUGGGAGGUGGGCGAAGACCUGGUCCCCCCAUGGGCUCAUUGGAUGAGGACGAUCCCAACAUCCUAUUGGCUAUCCAGCUGUCACUCCAAGAGUCUGGUUUGGCGACGGCCGGGGACACUCCAGAGUUGUUGUCCAAUGAGGCGUCCCUGGGGGCCAUCGGCACCUCCCUCCCGUCCAGACUGGAUGCGGAGUCCCAGAGGGUGGAGGUGGGGCCCCGGGGGGCCAUCAGCAGCCAGCGCCUCUAUGAAGGGGUUCCAGGGGUCUAUGCAUUACACCACCACCGCCACCCAUCCCAGCAGCACUACAGCGACCACAAUCUCAACCCGUUCAGGGAGCCUUCUUCAGGCCAGGCUCUGUUCUCGUCCUCCAGUGGUACUGCGGACUCCACUACCACCGCAUCAACAGGGCUCCAGGACCCCUCACACCCAAACACCAACCUGUUGGGUAACAUCAUGGCCUGGUUCCAUGACAUGAACCCUCAGAGCAUCACCCUCAUCCCCUCCACCACCAACACCACCUCCUCAGACACAGACCUAGACUUCAACACGGCAGCACAGACCACGGCCAACACAGCCCCCGAGGUGGAGGAGGAGGUCCAAGCUGACCUCCACCGGCCCCGUGCCAAGCCCCAGAAAGGUGAGGGCGAGGUGGGGGAAGAUGUGGACUGUUUCCCCUUCCUUUGUCAAGGCCUGGAGGAGAAGGAGGCUGAGAGGGAGAGACCCACCCAUCUAGACCUGACGGUGGGGUCAGAGGUCAUGGCCCAGUCCUACAUGGUGACUACCGGGACAGGGGACCGGGCCGGGGAGAGGCUCGCUGGGGGUAACGUUGUUCACGUUGACACGCCCAUGUGUGACUCUGUGACCUCUGACCUUCUGCCUAGCACCAGCUCUUCAGAAUGGGAGGAGCAGAUACACCUGGUCUGAUUGGUGGGAGAAAAAAAAAAAUCUUAAGUGGGACGGAGGAGAUACACCUGGUCUGAUUUAUGAUUGGAGGAAAAUUCCGAGUUGGUGGAGCAAAUCCACCUGUUUAUGACUCUGAUUGGAGGAAACAAAUGAGAUGGGAGGAGCAAAGUCUCCUGGUCUGAUAGAAGACAGAAGCCUUCAGAGGGGUCAAACCACUGACCGGCAGAGAGAGAAAGGACCAACCCUGACUGAGAGGGGAGAUUACCAAGUAGCCAGUGAUGGUGUUGGGGGGGAAUUUAACCCUGACUGAGAGGGGAGAUUACCAAGUAGCCAGUGAUGGUGUUGGGGGGGGAUUUAACCCUGACUGAGAGGGGAGAUUACCAAGUAGCCAGUGAUGGUGUUGGGGGGGGAUUUAACCCUGACUGAGAGGGGAGAUUACCAAGUAGCCAGUGAUGGUGUUGGGGGGGAUUUAACCCUGACUGAGAGGGGAGAUUACCAAGUAGCCAGUGAUGGUGUUGGGGGGGAUUUAACCCUGACUGAGAGGGGAGAUUACCAAGUAGCCAGUGAUGGUGUUGGGGGGGAUUUAACCCUGACUGAGAGGGGAGAUUACCAAGUAGCCAGUGAUGGUGUUGGGGGGGGAUUUAACCCUGACUUGAUUGUAGUGUUAGGAGGAGAUAUAUGAUGAUGGAGUGUAUUUCUCUUUCUAGUGUUCACAAGUACACAUCAAACACUUGAUAGUUGGUCUAUAUUGACAUGAGAUGCCCCCCCCCCCCCCCCCCCCCCGGGUGAACGACGGACAGAGGACUGGACGGACUCCUAAGAAGCGAGAUGGAAGGUGUUUGACAUGGUGUUGUUGGUAUUGUAUUACCCACAAUGGAUAUUUGCUGAAAAAAGAAUGAUGAUCAAGCUGCUUCUCUCAGAUGAUCUGUUUUAGAUUACACCAUGAGGUGAUUAUACUGCAUCAUUAUAGUGAAUACGUGUUGCAGGAGUUUUUAAUCUAGUAUUUUUUUUAAUAUUGAUAUUGAUGAUCAUAUUCUUAAAUGUUUUCCGCUGAAGUAUACUGUAUUGUGUUUGGACUUGGUUCUGAGGGAGGCUGUAGUCAGCUGUACAGGAGAGUUCUGAGGGAGGUUGUAGUCAGCUGUACAGGAUAUUUCUGAGGGGGGCUGUAGUCAGCUGUACAGGAGAGUUCAGAGGGAGGUUGUAGUCAGCUGUACAGGAGAGUUCUGAGGGAGGUUGUAGUCAGCUGUGCAGGAGAGUUCUGAGGGAGGCUGUAGUCAGCUGUACAGGAGAGUUCUGAGGGAGGCUGUAGUCAGCUGUACAGAAUAUUUCUGAGGGAGGUUGUAGUCAGCUGUACAGGAGAGUUCUGGGGGAGGCUGUAAUCAGCUGUACAUGAGAGUUCUGAGGGAGGCUGUAAUCAGCUGUGCAGGAGAGUUCUGGGGGAGGCUGUAAUCAGCUGUACAUGAGAGUUCUGAGGGAGGCUGUAAUCAGCUGUACAGGAGAGUUCUGGGGGAGGUUGUAAAUCAGCUGUACAGGAGAGUUCUGAGGGAGGUUGUAGUCAGCUGUACAGGAGAGCAAUGCUGUGCUGCCUGUUUCUAGUAGUGUUAUUAUCCCAAUAUAACAGUGUACAGUCUGACUCAGCAGAAAAACCUAGCUCUCAGUCCCGUCCAGAUCUGCCUAAUGUUUCUGUAAACUGUUAGGUGUCAAACACUGGCUAACAAAAGCACCGUUUGUAAUCACUAAGUGGACUCCAAAAACGAACUGUGCCUGAGAUCUAUUCCAUGUUGUUGUACUGAACCCAUUAGAAGACUGUCUUCGUGGACAAGGCUAGAACCCAUUAGAAGACUGUCUUCAUGGACAAGGCUAGAACCCAUUAGAAGACUGUCUUCGUGAAGAUGGACGAGGCUAGAACCCAUUAGAAGACUGUCUUCAUGAAGAUGGACGAGGCUAGAACCCAUUAGAAGACUGUCUUCGUGAAGAUGGACGAGUCUAGAACCCAUUAGAAGACUGUCUUCAUGAAGAUGGACGAGGCUAGAACCCAUUAAAAGACUGUCUUCGUGAAGAUGGACGAGGCUAGAACCCAUUAGAAGACUGUCUUCAUGAAGAUGGUUGAGGCUAGAACCCAUUAGAAGACUGUCUUCAUGAAGAUGGACGAGGCUAGAACCCAUUAGAAGACUGUCUUCAUGAAGAUGGACGAGGCUAGAACCCAUUAGAAGACUGUCUUCGUGAAGAUGGACGAGUCUAGAACCCAUUAGAAGACUGUCUUCAUGAAGAUGGACGAGGCUAGAACCCAUUAGAAGACUGUCUUCGUGAAGAUGGACGAGGCUAGAACCCAUUAGAAGACUGUCUUCAUGAAGAUGGACGUGGCUAGAAACCAUUAGAAGACUGUCUUCGUGGAGAUGGACGAGGCCAGUAGCCCUGAAGGGACAAUAGAGAGGAACAAUCUGCUGCUGUUCACUCCAAUAGGAAAACAACAGUAGAAUUGUAAUCAGAUACGCUGUUCAUGUUUAUACCUAAUAAUGAUGUCACUGGUUCAUUCUGAACUCUUAUAGGGCUGCUUUCUCAGGCGACCCCUUGGUCCUGGACUGAACAUCACUUUCAAUGGAGAAUGUCCAUUCACCACUGCUCUCUAGUCCAGAACUAGGUUUAGGCCGAAUGAGGAAACCGGCCUGUUUUAUAAAGAUAUAUAUAUAUAUAAACCUGUUUACGAAAGUUGUAAGCCUUGAUGGGACUCAGCAACUACAGUAGAGGGGUUCUGUGGGUCGUAAAAAAAAUGGUUCUCUACGCAAUUCAUUAGUGCCUUUAUGCCAAUCUUUUUAAAUGUAUUGCCACAUUUUACAGAGGUCUUACAGUAAGUAAUCGUGUGUAGCUACACUAUAUAUACAAAAGUAUGUGGACACCCCUUCAAAUGAGUGGAUUCGGCUAUUUCAGCCACAUCUGUUGCCGACAGGUGUAUAAAAUUGAGCACGCCGCCAUGCAAUCUCCAUAGACAAACACUGGUAGUAGAAUGGCCUUAGUGAAGAGCUCAUUGACAUUCAACUUGGCACCGUCCUAGGAUGCCGCCUUUCCAACAAGUCAGUUUGCCAAAUUUCUGCCCUGCUAAAGCUGCCCCCCGGUCAACUGUAAGUUCAGUUAUUGUGAAGUGGAAAUGUCUAGGAGCAACAACGGCUCAGCCGCUAAGUGGUAGGCCACAUAAGCUCACAGAACGGGACAGCCGAGUGCUGAAGCGCUUGGCACGUAACAAUCGUCUGACCUCGGUUGCAACACUCACUACCGAGUUGCUUACCAGAGGCAGUUUGAAACGUCAGCACAAGAACUGUUCGUUGGGAGCUUCAUGAAAUAGGUUUCCGUGGCCUAGCAGCCGCACACGAGCCUAAGAUCACCAUGCGCAAUGCCAAGCGUCGGCUGGAGUGGUGUAAAGCUCGCUGCCAUUGGAUUCUGGAGCAGUGGAAACGUGUUCUCUGGAAUGAUGAACCACGCUUCACCAUCUGGCAGUCUGACGGACGAAUCUGGGUUUGGCGGAUGCCAGGAGAACGCUACCUACCCAAAUGCAUAGUGCCAACUGUACAGUUUGGUGGAGGAGGAAUAAUGCUCUGGGGCUGUUUUUCAUGGCUCGAUCUAGACCCCUUAGUUCCAGUGAAGGGAAAUCUUUAAACAAUCUUACAUUCUAGAUGAUACUCUGCUUAUAAUUUUGAGACAAACGUUUGAGGAAGACCCUUUCCUGUUUCAGCAUGACAAUGCCCCCGUUCACAAAGCGAGGUCCAUACGGAAAUGGUUUGUCACGAUCAGUGUAGAAGAACUUGACCGGCCUGCACAGAGCCCUGACCUCAACCCCACCGAACACCUUUGGGAUGAAUAGGAAUGUCGACAGCGAGCCAGGAGGCCUAAUCACCCAAUAUCAAUGCGCCGACCUCACUAAUGCUCUUGUGACUGGAUGGAAGAAAGUCCCCUAAGUAAUGUUCCUACAUCUAGUGGAAAGCCUUCCCAGAAGAGUGGAGGCUGUUAUAGCAGCAAUGUUCCAACAUCUAGUGGAAAGCCUUCCCAGAAGAGUGGAGGCUGUUAUAGCAGCAAUGUUCCUACAUCUAGUGGAAAGCCUUCCCAGAAGAGUGGAGGCUGUUAUAGCAGCAAUGUUCCAACAUCUAGUGGAAAGCCUUCCCAGAAGAGAGGAGGCUGUUAUAGCAGCAAUGUUCCAACAUCUAGUGGAAAGCCUUCCCAGAAGAGUGGAGGCUGUUAUAGCAGCAAUGUUCCUACAUCUAGUGGAAAGCCUUCCCAGAAGAGUGGAGGCUGUUAUAGCAGCAAUGUUCCAACAUCUAGUGGAAAGCCUUCCCAGAAGAGAGGAGGCUGUUAUAGCAGCAUUGUUCCAACCUCGAGUGGAAAGCCUUCCCAGAAGAGAGGAGGCUGUUAUAGCAGCAAUGUUCCAACAUCUAGUGGAAAGCCUUCCCAGAAGAGUGGAGGCUUUUAUAGCAGCAAUGUUCCUACAUCUAGUGGAAAGCCUUCCCAGAAGAGAGGAGGCUGUUAUAGCAGCAAUGUUCCUACAUCUAGUGGAAAGCCUUCCCAGAAGAGAAGAGCAAAGGGGUGGACCAACUCCAUAUUUAAUACCCAUGUUUUUUGGAAUGAGAUGUUGGACGUGCAGGUGUCCACAUGCUUUUGGUCAUGUAGUGUACAAACAACAAACACACGUUAUAGAGAUUCCACUCACAACACUAACACGUGUCCAAACCUGAUACUUUAUUUAAAGACAUUUUUAUAAUUGUAGCCUCUCUUUAGUGUCGUAUCAAGUUGUUUCCCAGAGUGUUUUAUUGAUAUAAUGUUUUAUAAAUUACAUGUCUGAUUUUGACCUGAUGAUAUUGAACACUGUUUUACUGGGUUGUUAGUUAUUUUGUUGCGGCUUUGUUGGGUUGUUCUUGGAUGGACAGACAUAUCUGUGGGUCGAUAACUGAUCUACAAGUUGAUGACGAGUGUUUGACUUUUGGGGGGAAAAGUAUUUAUAAAAUGUAUCCUGGAGCUGGAAAACACAAUGCAGGACAGUGGGGGGAAAAAAACAGAUGUAUUUAUUUAAAUUGAAAGUUUCUUAUUACGAUUUGAAAAUGGAUAUCAAGAUAUACUGAAUAACUAAUUUUGAAAGAAAAAACAACAAGUUGUAUUGAUUUGUUGCCUAUAUAGAGUAUUAAUAAAUUAUAAAUGAUAUUGAUAUUUCAACGUUUCACAUUUUGAAAUUGAUCUUUUGCCAAACCUAGUGUGAUUUGUAUUGGAAGUAAUUGAUCUUUAGCCAAACCUAGUGUGAUUUGUAGUGGAAGUAAUUGAUCUUUAGCCAAACCUAGUGUGAUUUCUAUUGGAAGUAAUUGUAAAGUGACUAUUGAAACAACCGCUGAAGAAACUUAUUGCAUUGAAACGUGUCUUGCCAACGUCAAGCUGUGAGUGCCGUACACGAAGCUGGUGAACUUGUGGGACUUCAGUCAUGUAAAUUGAUUUGUCCUUGAUGUUUCAGCUGUGCAUGAAAUGAGUAAAACAGAAAAUUACAUUUGAAUUUGGAUUUUCUUGUCAUUUUACUUUAAAAAAUAUAUAUAUAACAUUUUUAAAAAGGCAAAUGUUGUUGAAAGCCGUACAUUUUUUAUUAUAAAGCAACUAAUCCUUGAAAUACUAUUUGCACUUUUAUAGUCUAUACCUUAUACAUUCCCUCUUUAAAUGAAAACUGUUUUGAUGUGUGGCCAAUAAACAUCGAAUUUAACUACUGGGUGUAAUUUUUUUUUUCCCCAUACAAAAACAUAAAAAUCUAUAUCAAUCUUAACCAGUGCUUUCUAUGGAGUUGUACCUUCUAUAUUUGAGUCAUUUAGCAGACGUAAUGUCAUUUUUGUUAUAAAACGUUAAUCUAUAUUUCUAUCACCAUCAGUGCUGUUUUCUAUUGAGUUUUACUUCUGAGAUGAAUGUUAUUUUUUAUUAUUAUAAAACAUUCGAAAACAAAUAAAAUGUUCAGCAACGCCUUCUAUUAUCGACAUUCAUACAGUCCUGUCAAAGUAUUUAUACCACUUUGACCUGUUCCACAUUUCGUUGUUAAAGCCUGAAUUCAAAAUGGAUUAAAUGGAUUGUUUUUUUUCUCUCACCCAUCUAUACACAAUAUCCCAUAAUGACAUCACAAUACCCUGUAGUGAGAUCACAAUAUCCCAUAAUGACAUCACAAUACCCUGUAAUGACAUCACAAUACCCCGUAAUGACAUCCCAAACCCUAUAAUGACAUCACAAUACCCCGUAAUGACAUCACAAUGACAUCACAAUACGCCACAAUAACAAAGUGAAAACGUUUUUAGAUUAUUUAUUUUUUGCAAAUGUAUUGAAAAUGAAAUACUGAAAUAUCUCAUUUACAUAAGUAUUCACACCCCUAAAUCACACCCCUAAAUCAGCUGUGAGUCUUUCCGGGUAAAAGGCGCCCCAUGGUCAAUUCGACGUCUGCUAAUCAUGUUAACGCGGAGCUAUUUGGAGCCCUCUGCCUUGUUACAAAAUUUGAGAGACACACGGCGAUGAUGCGGCACCGACCACAUUGUAGGAUCAAGCAUAUAUUGUCUCUUAGUCUCUCUUAGAGCUUUGCACACCUGGAAUGGCAAGACAGCCAUUUUCAAGCAUUGCCAUAGAUUUUCAAGCUGAUUUAAGUCAAAACUGUAACUAGGCCUCUCGGGAACAUUACAUGUCGUCGUGGUAAGCAACUCCUGUGUAGAUUUGGCCUUGUGUUUUAGGUUAUUCUCCCGUUGAAAGGUGCAUUUGUCUCCCAGUGUCUUGGAAAGCAGACUGAACCAGGUUUCCUCUAGGAUUUUGCCUGUAUUUAUCUCUAUUCCAUUUAUCUUCAUCCUAAAAAACUCCCUUGCCGUUGACAAGCAUGCCCAUAACAUGAUACAAUGUUGUUUAUUCAUCCUCAGUUUUCUCCUAUCACAGCCAUUAAAUUCGGAACUGUUUUAAAGUCACCAUUGGCCUCAUGGUGAAAUCCCUGUGCGGUUUCCUUCCUCUCUGGCAACUGAGUUGGGAAGGAUGUCUGUGUCUUUGUAGUGACUGGGUGUAUUGAUACACCAUCCAAAGUGUCAUUGAUAACUUCACCAUGCUCAAAGGGAUAUUCAAUGUCAGCUUUUUUAUUUUAAUCUUUUGUUUGAACCAUUUACCAAUAGCUGCCUUUCUUUGCAAGGAGAACCUCCCUGGUCUUUGUGGUUGAAUCUGUGUUUAAAAUUCACUGCUUGACUGAUAAUUGUAUGUGUGGGUUACAGGGAGUAAUUAAAAAAUCCUGUUACACACUAUUAUUGUACACAGAGUCCAUGCAACUUAAGUGACUUGUUAAGCAUAUUUUCACUACUGAACUUAGGCUUGCCAUAACAAGGGGGCUGAGAUCCUUGAUAAAAACCUGCUCCAGACCUCAGACUGGGGCGAAGGUUCACCUUCCAUCAGGACAACGAUCCUAAGCACACAGCCAAGACAACGCAGGAGUGGCUUCGGGACAAGUCUCUGUAUGUCCUUGAGUGGCCCAGCCAGAGCCCGGACUUGAACCUGAUCUCUGGAGAGAACUGAAAAUUGCUGAACAGCGAAGCUCCCCAUCCAACCUGACAGAGCUUGAGAGGAUCUGCAGAGAAGAAUGGGAGAAACUCCCCAAAUACAAGCGUGCCAAGCUUGUAGUGUCAUACCGAAGAUGCCUCGAGGCUGUAAUCAUGCCAAAGGUGCUUCAACAAAUUAAUGAAUUAAAGGGACUGAAUACUUAUGCAAAUGUGAUAUUUCAGUUUUUUUAAAUAAACUUGUUAAAAUUUCUAAAAAUCUGUUUUUGCUUUAUCAUUGUGAGGUAUUGUGUGUGUAUAUUCAUGAAAAAACGAACAAUUGAAUCCAUUUUUGAAUAAUUCUGUGACGUAACAAAAUGUGGAUAAAGUCAAAAGGUCUGAAUACUUUCCGAAUGUCCUGUAUACGGCACAGCUGUCAAUGUUUUGGUCCUUAAAUUAAACUGGUGUCAUUUUUUUUUUAAAUUCGUCACAAUUUUCUUUAACCAAUGUUAGUCUUUAAUGCAUGGCUGACAGACAAGUUGCUUGCCUUUUCUCCCUUCCUGUUACGGAUUUCGUUGUGGGAAGGAGGAGCGGACCAAAAUGCAGCGUAGUUUUGAUUCAUUUUAUUAAAUACGGGAUGUCACGCCUUGGUCUUAGUAUUUUGUGUUUUAGUUAUUAGUUGGUCAGGCCAGGGUGUGACAUGGGUUUAUUGUUUGUUGUAUUCUUAGUGGGGUUUUUUUAGUUAUUGGGAUUGUGGCUGAUUAGGGGUGGGUGUUGCAUAGGUUUGGCUGCCUGAGGCGGUUCAGAGUCAGGUGAUUCUCGUUGUCUCUGAUUGGGAACCGUAUUUAGGUAGCCUGGGUUUCACUUUGUAUUUCGUGGGUGAUUGUUCCUAUCUCUGUGUUAGUGUUCACCAGACAGGCUGUAUAGGUUUUUCACGUUCCGUUUGUUGUUUUUGUUAUUUCAUGUAUCGUCAUUUGUUAUAUUAAAAACAUGAGUAACCAACACGCUGCAUUUCGGUCCGACUCUCUUUCGACAAACGAAGAACGCCAUAACACGGGAACUGUACACGAAAAACUAACAAAAUAACAAACCUACGAAAACCAAAAACAGCCCUAUCUGGUGCAAAGAGACAGGAACAAUCACCCACAAACACACAGUGAAACCCAGGCUACCUAAAUAUGGUUCCCAAUCAGAGACAAUGACUAACACCUGCCCCUGAUUGAGAACCAUAUCAAGCCAAACACAGAAAUAGACAAACAAGACAUCCAACAUAGAAUGCCCACUCAGAUCACACCCUGACCAAUCAAAACAUAGAAACAUACAAAGUAAACUAUGGCCAGGGGGUGACAUUUCCACUUGCCUCUUCCAUUUUUUAUGCUGCAAUUAGUUGGUUGUAAUUUUUGGUAGAUCAGACGUUUCCAAUGCGUGUGUGACAUAACUCCACCAUUCCUAUUAAUGAUAUCAUUUAUAAAGAUUAUACUGUUUUUAAAAAAAAAAUGUAUUUCCAAAGAUAUAUAUUUUUUUUUAGUCAAUUCCUAUAUUUGAAUUUAACCAUAGAACAAAUAUGAUCUUUUCUGGAGGAUUAAAAUGAAAUUACAACCAACUUCUGGUGGGAUCCAAAUUUUGCAUUUAAUCGAAAACAUGAAUCGUUCAAUGACACCUUUGUUUCUAAGCCCUGGAUUUCUAGCCCCUUGAUCUUAUUGUUGGAUCUGAUUUUAAUUGCUAACAUUUCGAUGGCCAUAAUAAAUAUGUAUGCCGAUAGUGGACAACCUUGUUUUUCUCCUCUUGACUGUUUAAUACUUUCUGAGAAGUAGCCAAUAUUUACUAUUUUACACCUGGGGUGACUAUACAUAACUUUAACCUAUUGUAUAAGAGAUUCUCCUAAAUUGAAAUAUUCCAGGCAUUUAUAUAUAAACUCCAGUCGUACUUUAUCAAAAGGCUUUUCAAAAUCAGCUAUGAAUACCAGGCCUGGUUUCCCAGAUUUUUCAUAAUGUUUUAUUGUUUCCAGUACUUGUCUUAUAUUAUCUCCAAUGUAUCGUCCAUGUAAAAAACCUGUCUGAUUAGGAUGAAUAAUAUCAGACAAUACCUUUUUAAAUGUUGCUUUUCAUUUUAUAUUUAAUCAGUAAACAUUUCUAAAAAAAAAACACAAUUCCGCUUUGACAUUAUUGGGUAUUGUGUGUAAGCCAGUGACAUUAAAUGACAAUUUAUCAAUUUUAAAUUCGGACUAACACAACAAAAUGUGGAAAAAGUCAAGGGGUGUGAAUACUUUCUGAAGGUAUUAAGUUGUGUAACAUGGAAUGUCAAUGGGGGAAAUCUAUACAUCAAAGAAUACGAAACAUGGAAGUGCUUUCUGAUGCCGAUCCACUGUUGGGGCUCGGAACACAAGCAUUUCUAUUGGAGCUUGGAACACAAGCAUUUCUGUAGGAGCUCGGAACACAAGCAUUUCUGUUGGAGCUCGGAACACAAGCAUUUCUGUUGGAGCUCGGAACACAAGCAUUUCUGUUGAAGCUCGGAACACAAGCAUUUCUGUUGGAGCUAGGAACACAAGCAUUUCUGUUGGCGCUAGGAACACAAGCAUUUCUGUUGGAGCUCGGAACACAAGCAUUUCUGUUGGAGCUCGGAACACAAGCAUUUCUGUUGAAGCUCGGAACACAAGCAUUUCUAUUGGAGCUCGGAACACAAGCAUUUCUGUUGGGGCUAGGAACACAAGCAUUUCUGUUGGAGCUAGGAACACAAGCAUUUCUGUUGGAGCUCGGAACACAAGCAUUUCUAUUGGAGCUCGGAACACAAGCAUUUCUAUUGGAGCUCGGAACACAAGCAUUUCUGUUGGGGCUAGGAACACAAGCAUUUCUAUAGGGGCUAGGAACACAAGCAUUUCUGUUGGGGCUAGGAACACAAGCAUUUCUAUUGGGGCUAGGAACACAAGCAUUUCUGUUGGGGCUCGGAACACAAGCAUUUCUGUUGGCGCUAGGAACACAAGCAUUUCUGUUGGAGCUCGGAACACAAGCAUUUCUAUUGGAGCUCGGAACAAAAGCAUUUCUAUUGGGGCUAGGAACACAAGCAUUUUUGUUGGAGCUCGGAACACAAGCAUUUCUAUUGGAGCUCGGAACACAAGCAUUUCUGUUGGAGCUCGGAACACAAGCAUUUCUAUUGGGGCUAGGAACAAAAGCAUUUCUAUUGGGGCUAGGAACAAAAGCAUUUCUGUUGAAGCUAGGAACACAAGCAUUUCUAUUGGGGCUAGGGACACAAGCAUUUCGCUACACCCUCAAUAACAUCUGCUAAAUACGUGUAUGUGACCAAUACAUUUGAUUUGAUUUGAUUUCAUUUUUAAAAAGGCAUUAUCCUAAUUCCUACUCCACGCUCGUCCCUCAACUCCAUCAGGGCAGGUGGCUUGUUGCGCUAUCUGACGUGACAACAGCGUAUUAAGUUAACGGCUGAGUCCAAUGAGUGCCAGGAGCAUGGUGAACAGAGAGAUGAUGUCCAAGUACAGGUUGAGAGCAGCAAAGAUGUACUCCUCUGGUGAAAUGCUGUAUUUGUGGUUCCCGCCCAGUAUGAGCUGAGUGUCCAUCACCAAGUAC